AUGAAAAAAUUGCCUCCAAUUCAGCUCGAACCACGAGGAACCAAAAAUGGCGGAGAUGAAUUCUCAGGUCUUCAUUGUUGUUCCGCCUUCUUUCCCGCCGUAGAUCAUUCUCUACAACCCAUUUUCUGCAAAUUUCUCACCGACCCAUUUCCUCGUUUGGCUUACUUGAUCUCGGGCUCCGCCGGGGAUGGGAAGAGCUUGAAGAGAGCUCUUAAGGCUCUGUACCAUCCGAGGAAUCAGUACGUGGUGCAUUUGGAUUUGGAAGCUCCGGCAGCUGAGCGGCUGGAAUUGGCUGAUUUUGUGAACAAUGAACCGAUUUUUAGGAGUGUGGGUAAUGUGAGGAUGAUAUUGCGGGCGAAUUUGGUUACUUAUAGAGGGCCAACGAUGGUUACUAAUACACUUCACGCGGCGGCGAUUCUGUUGAAGGACGGUGGAGAUUGGGACUGGUUUAUUAAUCUCAGUGCUUCUGAUUAUCCUCUGGUCACUCAAGAUGAUCUGCUUCAUACUCUGAUACCCAUUCCAAGAAAUCUGAACUUCAUUGAGCAUACGAGUGACAUUGGAUGGAAGGAGUACCAGAGAGCCAAACCUGUUAUAAUUGAUCCGGGUUUGUAUAGCCUUCGUAAAUCAGAUGUCUAUUGGGUUUCGGAAAAACGGAGCAUCCCAACAGCAUAUAAAUUGUUCACAGGCUCUGCAUGGAUGAUGCUCUCUCGCCCUUUUGUGGAAUACUGUUUGUGGGGAUGGGACAAUCUCCCAAGAGUAGUCCUCAUGUAUUAUGCGAACUUCCUCUCAUCCCCUGAAGGCUAUUUUCACACUGUCAUUUGCAACGCCAAUGAGUUUCGCAACACCACGGUCAACCACGACCUUCAUUUCAUCUCGUGGGACAAUCCUCCGAAGCAACAUCCCCACUUUCUCAACCUUAACGACUUCCAGCAUAUGGUGGAUAGCAAUGCACCCUUCGGGCGAAAGUUUGGUCACAGUGAUCCAGUCCUUGACAAAAUUGACUCUGACUUGCUGAGCUGCAAUUCUGACGGAUAUUUUCCUGGCGACUGGUUCAAUUUGUUUCAAAAUAGCACUACUUCAAGUAUACACGACAUAACAAACACUACCAAUUUAAGGCCAGGACCCGGUGCCGAAAGGCUUAAGCAUCUGAUUGAUGGUUUGAUAACAGCACCUGAUUUUCACACUUCACAUUGUGUGUAGCAUAGGUAAGCUCUGAGAUGAGUGCCGGGACGGGCGGGAGAGUGUACAGUUAACUGUUAACAAAGCUGCUGUAGGGAAGGAAAAGUCUCACUGCCUUUCUGGACAACAUGCUUUGGCUUAGAUUCUUAUGUAGAGGUAUAAUAAUUUUGUAGUUCAAUAGCAGCAGCAGCAGCAUAGCUGCUCCUCUUCUAAUAAAACUAUAAAAGUAGUUUUUAUGAUUAAACAUAUAGAGAUGCCAUAGUAUUAGGCAUUGAUGAAUGCAAUGUUCUUUGCAAUUGGCUGAGUGAUUAGUUUUCUUUUGCA